AUGUGCAUUAAUAAAUGGCGUUGGCAUUUGCAUUUUCAGUCAGUUCGUUCGUUAUUACAGCUGCAAAUAAUGGACGCUGGAGUUGUGCAGCUCCUGCUUUUAGUUACCCUGUGUUUCCUAAACGUACAUGGCCAGCCACAUUUACUGGAUCCUCAGUGCGUCACAGCCAGAUCUGAGAGAAAUCCGGGACAGUAUCGUGUGAUCAAUGGCCAGGAUGCAGACUUGUUAGCCAAUCCCUGGAUGGUGAUGGUCAUCGAGCGCGGGAUGAUGAAGUGCGGGGGGUCACUCAUCACGCCACGAUACGUUCUGACAGCCGCGCAUUGCAGAAGCCAAACCAAAAGUCAAUUAACAGUGCGCUUGGGUGAGUACGACGUGAAUCAGCCUCUCGAUUGCUCCAACUAUGGCUGCAUUCCGCGGCCCAAGGAGAUCAAUGUGACCAGAACUUAUGUGCCCUAUCAAUUCAUCGACUUCCAUAAAAAUGACAUAGCUCUGUUCAGACUAGAGACCCCGGUGCAGUAUGGAGAUCACAUUAGAUCGAUCUGUUUGCUAAUGGGCGACUAUAACUGGGCGUCGAGCAUACUGAAAAGCACAAGCAAGUUCAACACCACCGGUUGGGGUCGCACGGACUCCCGCACCUACAGUGCAGUCCUGCAGCGAAUAUCCUUGACGCACCACAGCCUCAGCUAUUGCGCCCAGUUCUUCGGCAAAUCAAUGGACCACAACCACAUUUGCGCCGCCAGCAGCACGGGUUACACCUGCCAGGGCGACUCAGGCGGACCGCUAUCUGCCACGAUCUCGAUUGGGUCGGAGAAAAGGGUGGUGCUCUUCGGAGUGGUCAGCUUUGGGCUAACUCACUGCCGUGGACCCACUGUCUACUCGAGCGUGAUUCCCUUUGCGAGCUGGAUCGAGAUGCAAACGAAGAGAAACUAACAAUUAUUUCCGAUCAUGUAAGCAGGUCCAAAGAGAUGUAUAUACCCUACGAAUGCUCUUAAUAAAGCGCCAUCUUAGAGAACUCUAGAAAGAGAA